AUGUUCGCCAUGUAUCUCGAUAUCCAGAAGGGAAUGAUAAUGGAAGAUUUGAGCGAAGAGGAGAUCAAGGGUAGGUGGAAGAGCUUUAUUCGAAAAUGGAACCGUGGAGAGCUCGCCGAAGGGUGGUAUGACCCUAGCACACUCGAGAAAGCCCGUCGUAAUGCCCCAGAACAACCCCCAGUAUCCGGCCCUGGACGACGUCGUGAUUCAGCAGAUUAUGAACAAGGUGGCCGAGGGAAAGAUGCGGACACUGGCGAUGCGUCAGAGGCAACAGCCAGGCAGAACGAACGGGAAUUUGAUUCCGAGGACGAGGAGUACGGUCCCAUACUUCCUCAUCAUGAGGUGACAGCCAGGGGUCAAGAUGGCCCGUCCGCUGGACCAACAAUCCCGACAAUACAGGACUUGGAGUUACGAAAAGAGUCCGCCGUAGAGGAUGCCAUCGCGGCUCGCCAGGACGCAAGAAAACAGCUCCGUGCAGAGACACGCUCCCACAAGUCUGAGAUGCGGCAAAUAGAGGAUGAGAUUGCACCCCGCGCGGAGCCUGGAACGCAUGAAAGGCGUAUGGAGAAGCGUCGAGAAGCGGCCGUUGCGAACCGUGCCUUCGCUGAAUCACGGCGAGGUGGCUCACCCAUAGAAGCAGCACCAGACGACGAUCUUAUGGGCUCCGGCGAAAACGAUCUAGAUGCCAUAAAAAAGGCACAGGCUAGUGAGCAACGAAAAAAGAACGAGCGUGAAAUCAGAAGGGAAGAGAUACUCCGAGCUCGAGCAGCGGAGCGGGAAGAGCGACUUCAACAAUAUCGGAAGAAGGAAGACGAGACCAUUGGAUGGCUCAAAACGUUGGCUAAACAACGGUUUGGCUGA